CCUCCCACCUCAACGGUGAAUUGCUGGUCGGGAUGCAGUCCUGUAAUUCAGGCAUAAUAGCACGCUAUAAUGACAAAGGGCGACUCAAACAGGCAAUACAGCAUGACAGCACAGGCCAAAAACUGUAUUCUGAUCCUAUCUUAAUCACAGAGAACAAGAAUGGAGAUGUUAUUGUGUCUGACUGUUAUUAUUUUGCGAAUGGUGCUGUUGUGGUGACAGAGAGUGGAGGAAGACAUCGUUUCUCCUACAGAGGUCUACCAUCAGGAUCAGGACUAUUGCCAUUAGGAAUCUGUACAGACGCUCUGUCACACAUCCUGGUGUGUGAUUUAAUCACCGACACAAUACAUAUGCUUGGCAGGGACGGUCACUUCCUGUCAUUUAUUCUGACACGGCAUCAGGGGAUAAACAAACCAAUGGGCCUGAGUUAUGACGACAAAACUCAUCUUCUCUGGGUUGGAUUACGCUAUGGGGAAAAGAGAUUGUGUGUAUACAGAUACAUAGAGAGGCAGGACUAUUUACAAUACGUAACAAAUCAGAGUAAAAUAAAUAUAUGACAUUACACAUUUU